AUGGGAGGUCGUUAUCACCACGAGGAGAUCGUAUAUUCUCGUUCUAAGGUGAACAAACAGAAACGGGAGGGAGCGCUUGUGAUGAUGACGACGCGACUAGUGCAAGCAAUACCUGUCCACCUUUACCACGUAUAUACCCGCUGCAUCACCUGCGUUGUGACUGGUGAGACUCUGAAGUAUUAUUACUCGAAAAGGAAUGACUCGGAGCAGCGAGGGCGGUCGGCUUUGGGAAGGGAGGCGCUGCCCGAUGCCAAUUCGAGCGAUGCACACCCAUGCAACGGAGUGUUCGAGCUCGGCGCCUUCUACGAGAUCGAUCAUGAAAUGCUUCCCCCCAAGUCCCCGAUCCAGCUGAAAGCCAUUCGAGUCGUAAAGGUGGGCGAGGCGACGAAGCUGGACGUAACGGUUAGCUUCCCAAGCACGCUCGCGCUGCGGAACUACUUCGCGAUUUCACCGGAGCCUGGCCGUGAUCCGGAGCUGGACGAGAGGUUCGUCAUGAGCUCGAACCAGGCGGGAAGGAUACUCCGACGGCCAGUGCCCCCGUCAGAGCUGGAAGAACAGAAGCACCUGGAGAGUUUCUGGCUGUCGACUUCCAACCUGCACGAGUUCCCCCUGCCUAUGGUGCCCAUCGGAUCAGUAACGGCAGAAGACGAGAUCGGUAAGCGAGCGUCGCCAGUUGGAAACUGCCUGUUGACCAUCAAGCGCGCAGGCUUUCUUGGCUGGGGGAUCCGAAGAAAGGUUAAGUACAUUGGGAGGCACCGCGAGAUGUCUUUAUCGAUGUCCGAUCAGAAAGACGAGGAGCAGCAACAUGAAAAGAAAAGAAAACGGGAGGUCGUCGAGGAGGAGGAGACGGAGAAGAAGAAGGAGAAACAAAGGGGAAAGAAGGGUGAGAAGAAGACAAAACCUCGGCGCGACAACGAGGAUAAGUGGAGGUGCGUGAAGGAGCAGCAAAAGGGGAAGGGGAGCAGGGACCGGUGGUCUUCCGAGAGGUACGAGGCGGCGGAGAUGAAGCUGCUGGAAAUCAUGAAGGUGAAGAAGGCCGGGCUCGGGAAGCCCAUCAUGCGGCAGGCGCUGAGGGAGGAGGCGAGGAAGCACAUUGGGGACACGGGGCUCCUGGAUCAUCUGCUGAAGCACAUGGCGGGCAAAGUCGUGAUGAACGGCACCGAGCGGUUCCGCCGGCGGCACAACUCGGAGGGGGUGAUGGAGUACUGGCUGGAGCCGGCGGACCUGGUUGAGGACCGCCGGAAGGCCGGGGUGGUGGAUCCCUACUGGGUCCCUCCGCCAGGGUGGAAGCCUGGUGAUGCCACGUCUGCGUGCGCCUGCGGUGGUGCGUGCAAGCCUGUGAUAAAACAACUCAGAGAGGAAAUAUUAAUUCUCAAGAGGGAUUUGGAGCAGCUGAGCUCACCGAAGGAAGUCGAAAAGGAGGACUACAGUAGUUUUAUUGAAAGGAGUAAGAAGCUUGAUGAAGAAAUAAGUGUCAUUUACAAUUGUUUGCAGAGCUUGAAGGAAGAGAUCCGACUCAUGAAGGAGCAGGAAAACAAGAACAUGGAGAUAGAGGUAAUGAGAGAAGACAGGGGAAUGCAGUACGAAGAAGAUGUCGCCAUGAAGCAGGAGGGGAAUGAGAAGAAGAGAAAUGGAGACGCCAGCAACAGCAACAACACCACUGACAGUACCACGAACGACACCAAUAACAACAGCAGCAGCAACAUAACCAACCAAACCAUUACCACCAUCGGUACUAGUAAGAGUAGCAAGAGCACCACCACAAACAACAAUAAGGCGGGGGCGCGCCGGAGUGGGUUCAGGAUCUGCAAGCCGCAGGGGACAUUCCUGUGGCCGGACAUGUGGAGCAGCAACAAUGGCAGCGCCACUGGCGGCGGCGGCGGCGGAGGGGAGCUGCGUUCCCAGGGCCCUGUGUUGGUCCCCAACACCAUGAUGACCACCACGAUGGCCAUGACGACAGCGGCCAUAGAGGAGCACCUGAUGCUGAUGGGUGGUGUCCCCACACCUCCCUCGGCCUCAUCCGCCACCUCGGCCCCCAGACUCCUCCUGCUGCCUUCUCCGACGUCCCCAGUCCUGACACGUCCCCCAGAGGUCGUGGCGGUCCCCCCGCCUCCUCCUCCCUACUGCAGUCUGCAGCUGCAGCAAACAGGCAGCUCCCACAACAGCUGUCCUUCCGUUGUGUACCAUCACAUGGUUGCUCGCGUUUGGGCGCAGACAACAUCUUCGCCAACAAUGCUGCCUGGCGUAGGGGAUGAGCCGGAGGGAAACACGAGAUCAGAGUCAGCAACCGCGGCUUCUAACUGGAAUGCACACAAGGGAGGAAGAAGCAACAUCACCACGGAUUUAUCCCUCGCCACGCCCUCCACCACCUACCAGUGAACCAAUGCAUCUUUUCUAGAGACAUUACUUACCCAUUCAUAUUAAUCAACGUUUAGUAGCUCCACUGCUGCUUAGCUUCUCUUAAUCGUCCACCUUAGCUAGCAUACCUUACCCUGCGAAGCAUAUAGUAACAUGGAACAACAAAAAGGGCUGAUGUAGCAUCAUCCCCUAACUGCCUCCGUUGCCUCUGUUGUCUACGACAUCUAUCUGUGCAUAAAAGUUUCGGAGGCCUUGGGAAGCAAAACUACCGAGGCUUUGU